CAACACCAUACACCAAGCAGGCAGCCACACACACACAAGCGUACUACUGAGAGCUAGCUAGCUAGGCCUAGCCAGCGACGAGGACGAGAUUAACACAAUGGGCCCGGCGUUGAGAAAGCAGCAGCAGCAGCAGCAGGCGGCGGAAGCCGUGGCGCCCAAGCAGGCGUACGUCACCUUCCUGGCGGGCGACGGCGACUACUGGAAGGGCGUGGUGGGGCUGGCCAAGGGCCUGCGCCGCGUGCGCGCCGCCUACCCGCUGGUGGUCGCCGUGCUCCCCGACGUGCCCGAGGAGCACCGCCGCAGUCUCCGCGACCAGGGCUGCGUCGUCCGCGAGGUCCAGCCCGUGUACCCGCCCCAGAGCCAGACGCAGUUCGCCAUGGCCUACUACGUCAUCAACUACUCCAAGCUCCGGAUAUGGGAGUUCGUGGAGUACGAGCGCAUGGUGUACCUGGACGCGGACAUGCAGGUCUACGAGAACAUCGACCACCUGUUCGACCUCGACAAGGGCAAGUUCCACGCCGUGAUGGACUGCUUCUGCGAGAAGACGUGGAGCCACACGCCGCAGUACAAGAUCGGCUACUGCCAGCAGAGCCCGGACCGGGUGGCGUGGCCGGAGCAGGAGCUGGAUCUGCCGCCGCAGCCGCCGCCGCUCUACUUCAACGCCGGCAUGUUCGUGCACGAGCCCAGCCUGCGCACCGCGAGGGCCCUCCUGGACGCGCUGGCGGCGACGCCGCCGACGCCGUUCGCGGAGCAGGACUUCCUCAACCUCUUCUUCCGCGACGCGUACGCGCCGCUCCCGCCGACCUACAACCUGGUGCUCGCCAUGCUGUGGAGGCACCCGGACAAGGUGGCUCUCCACGAGGUCAAGGUGGUGCACUACUGCGCGGCCGGGGCCAAGCCGUGGCGGUACACGGGGAAGGAGCCCAACAUGGAGCGGGAGGACGUCAGGGCGCUCGUGGCCAAGUGGUGGGACAUCUUUGACGACGAGAGCCUGGACUACGACAAGCAGCAGGGUGCGGCGCCAUGA